AUGCAAACGUAUCAAUCCAAAUGUUUGCUUCCGAUAUUGAUUAAAAAAGAUCAUUUGUCCUUCAUCGUCGUCAUAUAUCGUAUGGAGCACAAUGGUGAGCUUGGCUGCACAGACUUUCGUUUACUCAAUCGGAAAAAUUGUAAUGACACACUAUAG